GUUAUCCGUUUCAUUCUCUUUCUAAUGGCCCUGCCUCUCUCUGUCUCUCUCUAAUUCCCCAUGAAUGAUGAAUGUUAUUUUCCAUUCUCUCCCCCACCGCCCCACGAUGUGAGCUUCUUCACUGCCCACCUCUUAUAUCUUCAUUCUCCUUCAACUUUGGUGUUUCGAUACGUCAUUGUUCUUCACUUUCCAGGUUAAUGAAGUGACGUGAUCCUGGAGGCACACGGAGGCGAGAUUGUCGGAAUGGAUGUGAUGUUAGGAUUCUCGACUUAUUUGUGGAGUGAUCUGGAGGCCCGCUUCUCUGUUGUUAAUGGACCCAGGGUUCAGCAGUUGAAGCGGGACUUAGCAGAGUGCAAACAGAAGAACCUUUCUGUAAUGGAAUAUUAUGGGAAGAUGAAGAAGCUAUGGGAUGACCUUGCGGACUUAGAACGGUUCCCAGUUUGCACAUCUAGGAAUUGCACGUGCGAUUUGCAAGAGAAGCUGGCGCAGAUGCGUGAGAGGGAACAUUCUCAUCAAUUUUUGAUGGGCUUGAAUGAUGUUUUGUAUGGAACCUUGCGGUCGAACUUGCUUGCCCAAGAAACCAUACCACCUGUGGUAAGAAUAUACAACAUUCUUGUCCAAGAUGAAACAUCACGGAAUGGGAUGCACAAAGGAGAAAGCAAAGAGGCAGGUGCGUCUCUGUUUGCUGUGAAAAAAAAGAUGGAGGUCAAGGAACUUGUGUGCUCUCAUUGUGGCAAAGGAGGAAAUGAUGUUGAGGCAUGCUACAAGCUCAUUGGAUACCCGGAGGGAUGGAUUUUUCGAGACCAGGCUGGAAGAGGAAGAGGGAACAACUGUUGGAGAGGGAACUUCCGCGGUCCAGGAAGAGGAGCGGGACGGUCGACCGUUUAUGCUGGACGGUCGACCGUCACGGGCGGUCAAAGUGAAACACCCAGAGAGGAUGCAUUAAGAAGCAACUCAACCACCAGUUACUUUGAAGAUGCUGAGGAACUGUCCACGGAGGAUCAUCUGGACCGUUCCUGGAGAAACGGUGGACCGCCAGAAAAUGGAGAUGCAGAAGAGCUACAGACGGUCGACCUAGAGGACCGUACUGAUGACCACGGUCGACCAUCGGAAGGGCAGAAUGACGGGCCCUCAGGAGAAGAAUCAACGGUCGACCGCGUCAUGGAGGAUGGUCGACCAUCCUCGAGCGGUGACAGAUGCAGAUAUCCACUCUCCUCAUACGUCACGUAUGAAAAGUUCUCUCAUAUACACAAGUGUUUUCUCAUGGCACUUGAUGAGGAAGUGGAGCCCACGAAUUUUAAAAAGGCAUUUCAGGAUGAGCAAUGGCGGAAGGCUAUGCGGGAGGAGAUAGAUGCACAGAAAGCUAAUGGAAUGUGGUUGAUGGUUGCUCCUCCACGUCGUAAAAAGCCCCUGGGAUGCAAGUGGGUGUACAAAAUCAAGCGCAAGUCUGGUGGCAGUGUGGAGAGAAAAGUUGGUAUUUUGGAAUGUGCUAAAGAUCUUUGGAAUAAACUUAAUGAACUUUAUACUGAAACUUCUUUGCUUACUAAGAUUUUCUUGCUCGAAAAAUUUUUCAAGUUUAGAUUGGAUAUGUCUAAAGACAUAGAAGAAAAUCUUGAUGUUUUCACCAAACUGAUUUCUGAUAUUAAAUUAAUCGGUGAUAAACAUAUUGAUGACUACACCCCUAUUGCUCUUUUGAAUGCUAUUCCCGAUUUCUACAGUGAUGUUAAAUCUGCAAUUAAAUAUGGUAGGGAUAAUAUUUCUCUUGAUGUUGUUGUGAAUAGUCUCAAGAGUAAGGAAUUAGAGUUGAAAAAUUCUAAGAGUGAUAAAAAUUCUGGGGAGGUUAUGCAUGUGAGAGGUGGAACUUUGAAUAAGUUUCCAAACCAUAAACAUGCUAACAAUGAUAACUCAAAUGUGAGAAAAUUCAACCAGGGAAGGGGUAAGUCUAGAUCCAAAUCUAAAACAAGAAAAUGCUACAAUUGCAAUGAAUAUGGUCACCUCAGUAAUAGUCGUUCUGAGCCUAAGAAAAUUUAGCAAAAAGAUCAUGCUAAUAUGGCUAGUGAAUCAAACAACUUUGGUGAUGUGUUAAUGAUCAAAGAUUAUGCUUAUUUGAACUCUGUGCUAUCGGAUUAUCUGUGUGAAUCUGAUUGGCUAGUUGAUUCUGGUUGCACCUUUCAUAUGUCACCAUUUAAAAACCUUUUUUCAAACUAUCAAGAGAUUGAUAAUGCUAUUGUGUCCAUGGCUAAUGAAAAGAAAUGUUUGUUUUUGGA